AUGAGGAGAGAAAUGCUGCCGAUCGUGUCAUUAAAAAACUUCAAGAUGUUUUCUCCUGCUCGUCUUCUGACGUGGGUCGAACAUAAAAUGCGACAUAGAACCGAUACCGGUGAUCAUCAAUCAAUCAAGCAACAUCCGAGACGUCUGCCGAUUGCCAAACAGGAAGAGGUACGAACAUUUUUAAAGGCUAUGGAAGAAGGUGAUGUCAUCGAGCCUUCAAUGGCAGCAAAUAGAAAAAGAACAUACCAAGACGAAUUCUUUAAUUACGGUUUUACACAAAUAGAAGACAAUGGUACAAUGAAACCACAGUGUGUUGUAUGUAUGAAGGUACUGACUUCAGAAUCGUUCAAAAAAAGUCAAUUGAAGAAACAUUUAGAUAAUUUGCAUUCACACCUGUCUUCCAAACCGCGAGAAUACUUUGCAAAUUUAGAAAUAUCUGUUAAAAGACAAAGAUUGAAUAGCAACUUGUUUGGUACAUUUGAUCAGCGUUCAGCAUCAAGGGCUAGCUUUGAAUUAGCCUGGUUGAUUGCUCGAAAUAAGAAACCAUACAUUAUUGGUGAAGAUUUGGCUAAACCAGCUGCUGUAAAAAUGGCAGAGAUUAUGUGUGGUCAAAAAGAAGCGAAGAAACUGAAUUCAGUGCCCUUGUCUGCGAGCAUUGUGAAUGAACGAAUUUCUGUAUUAGCAGAAAAUGUGAAGGAACAGGUUAUUUUCGCAUUAAAACAGGCUAAAUAUUUUGCUAUUCAGCUUGAUGAGACAACUGAUUUUAGUAGCAAUUCACAGCUAAUGGUAUAUGUUCGCUACAAAGGUGCAGAUAAUUUUGAAGAGGAAUUGCUGUUUUGUUCUCCUCUCGAGUUGAGAUCUCUUGGAAUUGAUGUCUACAAUAAAGUAAACGAAUACUUCAAUGCGCAAAGUUUAAAUUGGAAAAACUGUAUUUCUGUAUCUUUGGAUGAAGCUCCAGCUAUGCUGGGUCAUAUUAAUGCGAGAGAAAUAGUGUCAGCGUUUGGAUUAAAGCUGCAAUAUUGGAGACAGAAAGUAGAACAGAACAAGAUAGCUUCUUUUUCAAGGUUAGCUUUGUUUUUGGAAGAUUGCGAAAAUAUUACUUUUGCUGACAUCAAGGAUACAAUUGUAAGACAUCUUAUCAAACUCAGAAAGCGGUUUUCAGAUUACUUUCCAGAUCUUGAUACACGUACUGUCAGUUGGAUUGUAGAUCCUUUUAAAUGUGAAAUUGCUAUGAUACCAAAAGAACCUUCAGAUUUGGCAGAAGCAAUUCUUGAACUUCGAUCUAAUACUGAAGCACGUAUUCAAUUUGAGAGUAAACCAAAUCUGUCGUCUUUUUGGAUGUCAAAAGCUGCAAAGGCUUUCAAAAUUGCACAUGAAGAGGCGGUUAAAAAAUUGCUGCCAUUUGGAACAACAUAUUUGUGCGAACAAGGCUUUUCCACUCUAAUGAACAUAAAAACGAAGAACAGAAAUGGAUUAAACGCCGAAGACUGUAUUCAAAUCGCUCUUACAUCAAAAAGUCCCAAUUUUGAAGCAAUUGUAUCGAACAUGAAACAACAUCAUUUCUCCAAAACGUGA